CCACACUCAAAGCCUACGUUCCCUUUGGCAGAAAGCAUAUCUAUUCCUCUUGACAUGGUAUCAGAGCAGUGACACGAUCCUGCCGGCAAACCUCUCAACGACCCUCUCCUGCUUUCUGCCAUGACGACCCCUGAAACUGAAACUCCCAACCCAAACCCAGAUUUGAGGAAUGAGCCGACCCGACGCAAAACUAACGACCCUUCAUCCCCUUAUUUUUUGCAUCCUAGUGAUUCUCCGGGCUUCAACAUAUGCGGCAUGACCCUUCGAGGGGAAUCAAAUUAUAGGGAAUGGAGGAUUUCCAUGACAAAUGCUUUCCGGGCAAAAAGGAAGGCCGGUUUUCUGAACGGAACUAUCCAACGCCCCACAACUCGGGCUGAGGAUAUUGAGGACUGGAUAAGUGUGAAUUCGAUGCUCGUAGGCUGGAUUAUGACGUCUAUUGAGCCAAGCUUGCGUACAAAUAUCACGUACGUGGACGAUGCAUGCGAUUUGUGGAAGGACUUAAAAGAACGUUUUGAGGUGAGUGACCCUAUUCGGGUGCAUGAAAUUAAGGAGGCACUGCAGGCUUGCAAACAGCAUGGUGACACGGUGACAACAUACUAUGGACGCUUGAAGGGUUUAUGGGAUGAUUACGAACCCUACCAGAAUGUGUCGCGGUGUGUGUGCAAAGGGUGCACAUGUAAUCUGGACAAGCAGUUCCUUGCAAAGGUUGAGACCGAAAAAUGUCAUGACUUCUUGCUAUAACUAGAUGGCGCAACCUUCGGGGGACUGCGGUCAAACAUUUUGAGCAUGGAUGAAUUACCACCUCUCACCAAACUCUACCAGAUGACUGUACAGGAAGAGAGGCAUAGGAAUCUCACUCGGAACCUUGAUGAACGGACAGAGGGAAUUGCUCUCGCUGCGCAUAUGUCUCUGCCUCGCUCAGUUCGUGAGAAGCUUGUUUGUUCCUUCUGUAGGAAGACAGGGCACACAGUGGACAAUUGUUUCAAGAAAUCCGGUAAAUAUACGGAGUGGUGGGUGAACAAUCCUGGUCGGGGUCGUGGACGGGAUAGAGACGGCGGCAACCGCCGCACCGACAAUGCAGCAACUCAUGCCGUUGGAAUAAUAGGCAGCAUGGAACCGGAAGAUCAUGUGCAAAGGGUGGCUUCUGGUUCCCAGCAUGGGCCUACUAUUAGCAGUGAACAGUGGACAACCUUUCUCAACAUGGUGAAUAAUUUUAAGGUGAAUGAUACCAGUGAAAAAUUAUCAGGUAUGGAACCUACUGUCGAAUGGCUCUUGGAUUCGGGUGCUUCCUACCAUAUGACGGGAAAUUCUAAAUUAAUUUUAAAGAAAGAGGGUAUUUCCAGAACUCCCGUAACGCUGCCCAACGGGCAUUUCACCUACGCCACUCAUGUUGGGCGUGUAUUUAUCAGUGCAAACUUGAUUCUAAACAAUGUUCUUUUUGUACCGUGUCUUACAUGCAAUUUAAUCUCUAUGGCUCGUCUUGUUGAUGAUUUGAACUGUGAUAUAUCAUUCACUAAUAAGUUAUGUGUAAUACACGACCUACCUACGAGGACGUUUAUUGGGGUGGGUGAGCGGCGUGGGGGAGUCUAUUUUUUCUGAGGGAUGGAUCCAAGUCAUAAGUGUCUGGCUGCCGUGGUAGAGACUCCAGAGCUAUGGCAUUGCCGGUUAGGACAUCCAUCUCAUAAUGUGAUGAAGACUAUUGAAGACACAUCGCCGCCAGCUGCCGCUACUGCUGCUGAUUCUACUUCUCCCUUGACCGACGCUCACCAAAAUCCCUCUCUGGAUGCCUCACAGGCUCACACAUGUGAUACAUGCCCUGAAGCUGGAGUCUCCCAUUGUGCCGACCCAUCAACUCAUGAAGCUCCUACUCCAGAUUCCUCUCCCACAAUUCCGGUAGCUCCUAGACCUCAGCGGACACGGCACGGCCGUAGAUGAGGGCGUGCAAGAAGUGUUAUUGCACAAGGCCUCUCGAUUUCAAAAGGGCCUUUUGUAUGUCUGAGCCGGCCCUGGGACACGGGCCCCACCAAAAUGGCAUUCGGACUAUGUACGUCUCAAUUCAGCCAAAAUAGACCACCCCCUCACUGCGCACUCCUCCAUGACGAACUUAGUUGAACCCAGUGAUUAUCACGAGGCUGUUCGGGACCCGAAGUGGCGGCUGGCCAUGCAACAUGAAAUUGAUGCUCUUGAACGCAAUGGGACAUGGUCUAUUCAACUGGUCCCUCCCGGGAUUGAUUAUCAUGACACAUUUGCUCCCGUUGCCAAAAUGGUUACCGUGCGUACCAUUUUAGCUGUUGCGGCCAUCCAACAUUGGGAGUUACAUCAAAUGGAUGUUGAUAAUGCCUUCUUACAUGGGGAUCUUCACGAAGAGGUCUACAUGCAUUUACCUCCCGGAUAUACCACAUCGUCCCCGGGUCAAGUCCGUCGGCUACACCGCUCGCUAUAUGGUUUACGCCACGCUCCUUGUUGCUGGUUUUCCAAGCUAACUACCGCUCUUCGCCGAUAUGAUAUUGGACAUAUGAAGUAUUUCUUGGUGCUUGAAGUCGCAAGAAAUCCCUAUGGCAUUUUUCUCUGCCAACGUAAGUACCUCCUUGACAUUCUUGCCGAGACUGGGUUUGGAGGGGCACGCCCAGCAAAUUUCCCUAUGACGCAGAAUCAUCGGUUGCAGCUUGACUCCUCGUCUCUUUUUUCUGCUCCUGAUCAGUACAGACGGCUUGUCGGGAAACUUAUCUAUCUUACUCUUACCCGUCCAGAUAUCUCUUACUCGGUUCAUAUUUUGACUCAGUUUAUGCAACACCCUCGAGUUGCUCUCUGGGAGGUGGCUAUUCGGGUUCUCCGUUAUCUCAAGAGCCAUCCUGGGCAAGGGAUUCUUCUCCGCAGUGAUUCUUCUCUCUCUCUCACUGGCUAUUGUGACUCUGACUGGGCCAGUUGUCCACUUACUCGCCGUUCACUUUCUGGGUAUUUUGUGACUCUUGGUUCCUUUCCGAUCUCUUGGCGCACUAAGAAGCAAGUGACAGUCUCUCGCUCCUCUGCUGAGGCCGAAUAUCGUUCGAUGGCAUCUCUUACAUGUGAGCUUAUAUGGCUCAAGAGUCUUCUUUCCUCUCUAGGGGUCUCUCAUACUGAUCCUAUUCACCUCCUCUGUGACAAUCAAGCGGCUCUUCAUAUAGCUUCCAAUCCGGUGUUCCAUGAACGGACCAAACAUAUAGAAAUUGAUUGCCACUUCCUCCGCGAUCAUGUUCAGCAUCAAACCAUAUGCCUUUCUCACAAAGCAUCAUCUGAACAAUUGGCAGAUAUUUUUACCAAAGCUCUCGGCGCCGAGCAAUUUCAUUAUUUGUUGUCCAAGAUGGGCGUUUUUUAUCUCCAUGCUCCAUCUUGAGGGGGGUGUUGGAGCCGUUGAUAUCAUAUAUCCCAAAAUAUUUCUUUUCCAUAUUUGCAUGUAAUAGUUUUGUAUAGAAUAUUCUAUAGGCUAAUUAUUAGGAAGAUAUUUUAUUCUUUCCUUUCUUUGUAUGGCUCUUAUGUCUAUAGCAUGUAUAUAUAUCUUUGUAA